CCAAAGUAAAAACAAAAAAUAAAAAAAAACAUCACACAACAUAGAUAGACAUAGAGAAAGUGAGUUACACACAGACAACAACAUUGUGUACUGUGUUUUUGCACAACUCACGGAGAUCUAACUAACAUGGGAUGACACUAAAUUUCAUCAUUAAAAUAAAAUGAAACAAAAUAAAAGGAGCUAGCUGAACUUUGUUCAUAGCCGCCAUAAAAUUUUGAUUUUCUUUUACUUUCAUUUUGGUAGUUUGUAUUCAUUCCAGCAUAUCAGAAAUUUGUUCAUUCAGUUUUGGAAUUUGAGAAACAAAACCGAGUUCAACCAAUCAGAAGCAGAAACUGUGAUGACUUGGUUGACUUUGUAGUCAAAAGCAUACUCUUGUGAAUGUUUUGCCUCUUCAUGUCUUUGAAGGAUUAAUAAAGUACUUACAACAAUAGAACAGAAAGCGGUGAUGGCGACGGCGACUCGGUCUCAUGCAGAUUCUAGGAGAAUGUAUUCUUGGUGGUGGGAUAGCCACAUAAGUCCUAAGAACUCAAAAUGGCUCCAAGAAAAUCUUACAGACAUGGAUGUCAAGGUGAAGCAAAUGAUUAAGCUCAUUGAAGAAGAUGCAGAUUCCUUUGCCAGGAGAGCGGAAAUGUACUAUAAAAAGCGCCCAGAGCUGAUGAAAAUGGUUGAAGAGUUUUAUAGGGCAUACCGCGCAUUGGCUGAGAGAUAUGAUCAUGCAACUGGAGUGAUCCGUCAUGCUCAUCGGACCAUGGCUGAAGCAUUUCCUAAUCAAAUUCCUGUGAUGAUUACAGACGAUUUACCAAUGGUUACAUCCAUGGAGACUGAGCCACGUACACCAGAAACACGCCAUCCUUCACGUACAUUUCUGGACUCGGAUGAAUCAGAAAAAGAUGCUCAUUUUAUCAAACGAAAUGGAGCAGAUAGUGAAGAACUUCAUUCUGCUUUGAACAAGACGGGUUUAAGACAGCUCAAUGAUCUCCUCAUCCCUCGAGAACAUGCAAAGUUUGAAGGGCAUGCUCGAAGGGGGCUCAAUUUUUUAGAGACGCAGGAGGAAAGCAGUGAGCUAAACAAUGGAGGCCGUGGCACUAAGGCUCAUGUCUUGUCUGAGUCUGAACGCGUGACAAAAGCCGAAGCAGAAAUUUCGGCCUUAAAGAAAGCCCUUGCCAAAUUGGAAGAUGAAAAGGAAGCUGGUUUGCUUCAGUAUCAGCAGAGUUUGGAGAAAUUGUCUAAUCUUGAAUUAGAAGUGUCUUCUGCACAAGAGAAUUCUCAAAGAGUCGAUGAACGAGCAAGCAAAGCAGAAGCUGAAGUUCAAGACUUGAAGGAAGCGGUAAUCAAAUUACAGGCGGAAAGGGAAGCUACUCUUCUUCAGUACCAGGAAUGCUUGGAGAAAAUAACCGAUCUGGAGAAAAAUAUUUCUUUUGCUCAGAAGGAUGCAGGAGAGUUUAACGAACGUGCUACUAGAGCUGAAACUGAAGUUGACUCCUUGAAGCAGGACCUUCUAAGAGUAGAAGCUGAAAAGGAAGUUGCCCUUCUUCAAUAUAAACAAUGCCUGGAGACAUUAUCAAAACUGGAGGAGAGAUUAAAAGAAUCCGAGGAGAAUGUUAGAAGGAUUAAUCAGCAAGCUAAUUUAGCUGAAAACGAAAUUGAAGCUUUGAAGUUGGAAGUUACUAAACUUAAUGAAGAGAAGGAAGAUGCUGCUCUCCGAUAUCAGCAAUGCUUGGAGAUAAUUUCCAGUCUGGAACAUAAACUCUCUUGUGCUGAAGAGGAGGUGGGUAGGUUAAAUUCUAAGAUAGACGAUGAGGUUGAAAAGUUACAUAGUUCCGAACAGAAGUGUCUUCUUUUGGAAACAUCGAAUCACGCUCUACAGUCUGAAUUACAGUCUUUGGCACACAAGAUGGGAUCUCAAAGUGAAGAACUUAACGAGAAGCAGAAGGAAUUGGGUAAACUUUGGAGUUCCUUACAAGAGGAGAGAUUGCGAUUCAUUGAGGCUGAAACUGCUUUCCAAACUCUUCAGCAUUUGCAUUCUCAAUCUCAGGAAGACCUUAGAGCUCUUGCUGCUGACUUUCACGGUAAAUUGGAAAUACUAGGGAAUGUUGAAUCACGUAAGCAGUCUCUAGAGGAUGAAGUGCACAGAGUCAAUGAGGAAAACAAAAUUCUAAAUGAGCUCAAGAUUUCUUCAUCUUUGUCUAUACAAACUUUGCAGGAUGAGAUAUUGAAUUUGAAAGAGACAAUAGAGAAACUUGAACAGGAGGUUGAGCUGCGACUUAAUGAAAGAAAUGCUCUUCAGCAAGAAAUUUACUGUCUUAAAGAGGAGCUUAAUGAUAUGAAUAAAAAACAUGAAGCUAUGAUUGACGAGGUCAGGUCAGCUGAUUUAGAUCCACAGUGCUUUGGCUCAUCGGUGAAACAAUUGCAAGACGAGAACUCAAAGCUGAAGGAGACAUGUGAGGCUGAAAAAGAUGAGAAACUGGCUCUUUUGGUAAAAUUGGAAACCAUGGAGAAGCUUUUGGAGAAGAAUUCUGUUUUAGAGAAUUCCAUUUCAGACUUGAAUGCUGAGUUGGAUAGUGUCAGAGGAAAAGUAAAUGUGUUGGAAGGAACAUGCCAGUCUCUGCUUGUGGAGAAAUCAACUCUUGCUGCUGAGAAGGCCACCUUGUUUUCUCAAUUACAAGCCACCACUGAAAAGCUUGAGAAGCUUUCGGAAAAUAACAACCUUUUGGAAAAUUCACUAUUUGACGUCAGUACCGAACUUGAUGUAUUAAGAGGGAAGUCAAAGAUCUUAGAAGACGCGUGCCAGUUACUUGACCAUGAGAAGUCCAGUAUCUCUUCAGAGAAAGAAGCCUUAGUUUCAGAGUUGAACACCACUCAGCAAAUUCUGAAAGAUCUUGAAAAACAACACAGUGAAUUGGAACUAAUGCAUUUGGAACUAAAAGGAGAAAGGGAGUCAUCACUUAAAAAGGUAGAAGAGCUACUGGUUUCCCUGUAUUCCCAAAGGGAAGAGCAUUGCAGAGUUUUGAAGUUGAAUGAAGAUGAAGUGGCCAACAAGGAAUUACAAAUCGAUAUUCUGAAAGAAGAUGCAAAGUGCCGGAAACAAGAAUAUGAGGAGGAACUGGAUAGAUCUCUAAACGCUCAGAUUGAAAUUUUCAUCUUGCAGAAGUGUAUCCAAGAUUUGGAGAAAAGGAACUUUUCCCUCCUAGUUGAGUGCCAGAGACUUUUGGAGGCGUCCAAAAUGUCUGACAAAAUUAUUUCUAAUUUGGAGACUGAAAAUAUUCAAAAGCAAGAUGAUGUGGAUUCUUUGUCUGAUAAAAUUAAAAUACUAAGGGUUGGACUGCAUCAGGUGUUGAAGACUCUUGACAUUAACGGUGAUAAUUUCUUUGAAGAUAUGCUUGACGAAGACCAAACUCUCCUGAACCAUAUACAUGGAAAACUUAAGGAGAGAAAGAAGUCUUUUGACGCGAUUUUCAAGGAAAGCCACCACUUGACCGUUGAGAAUUCGGUUCUGAUUACAUUUCUUGAGCAGUUGAAAAUGACUGUAGAAAAUCUUGUGAUAGAAAAAGGAGCACUUGAUGAGGAGUCCAAGAUACAGUCUAAGCAGUUCACGGCAUUGCAAAUUGAGUUCCAAAAGGCAUUGGAAAAGAAUCAGGAGUUGAAGUUGGCCAUAAGCAAAGGAGAAGAGAAAAUGGAAGGUAUGACAGCUGAAAUAGUUAAUCUACGCGAAGAGCUAUCAAACUUUGAAAAGAUCCACAGAAACUUACAUGAAAAAAGUUGCACGAUAAUUGAAGAGAAAAAAUCCUUGCUGGGAAGAUUUAAAGAUCUGAGUGAGGAGAAGGGUAACUUGGAAGAAGAACUUUGUGUCCUGUCCCACGAGACAUUCGUUCAAUCUAAUAUUUCUGCGAUUUACGAGAAUAUCAUCUCUGAAAAACUCCAGGAACUUAAACAGCUUGGUCAAGAACUUGAUAAGCUCGGUUCAGAAAAUAAUAACCUUGAGGAGAGAUUGAAGAUAAUGGCACACAAAUUAGAAAAUGAAGAAAUGGAAAAUUCUCAUCUUAAAGAGUUAUUUGUAAAGUCAAAUGUUGAAUUGAAUUUAGUUGAAUCUGUCAAUGAUCAAUUGACUUGUCAGAUUAGGAAUGAAAGGGAAAUGCUGUGUCAAAAGGAAAAAGUGCUUUCGGAAGCAGCCAAGACGUUUCAUGCUUUACACACCGAGAAAACAGAAUUGCAAAGAACGGCGGAAGAUCUGAAGAUUAGAUAUGAUGAUGCCAAGGGGAAACUUGAAGAGCAAGCUAAUCGAAUUUCCCACUUGUCCUCGGACAAGGACCGUCAAAAUGAAGAGCUUGGAUGCCUCAGUGAAGUGAACCAGAAAUUGGAGUCUGAAAUGAAGUGCCUACACCAAGAACUUGAAGAAAUUAAGCUAAGGGAAAAGAAGCUAAGUUAUGAAGUACACGAAGGAAUAAAUGAGAUUGAACAAUGGGAAACUCAAGCUGCAGUACUCUUUGCCGAACUGCAGGUUUCUGCUGUCAAUGAAACACUACUUCAAGGGAAGGCUUGUGAGCUAGCUGAUACAUGUGAGCAUCUUGAGAGCAUAAACUACUCGAAAGACAUGGAAAGAGAACAGCUGAAAGAAUUAGUUAGCAAGUUGGAAGGUGAAAAUGGGAAAAUGUGUGAUCAAUUAGCUGCUUAUGUCCCAGCUAUCAGUGCUUUGAAUGAUUGUGUAACAUCUCUGGAGGUGCAGACUCUAGGGCAUCCAAAACAUCAUGACUAUGAAAAACCUGAGGUUAAAAAUUUGGUGAAUCACCAAUACAUUGAAAAUGGUCAACAAAUAGAUGAAUAUCAAUCUGUUACGGCACCAGAUCCUCUCCUCGACUUCCAAGACCUGCAGAGGAGGAUCAAUGAAAUUUCAAUGGCAGUUAAGAAUUUUAACGCAAGUUCCAAAGCCAAUGUUGAAAUGAGAGAGAUUCAAGAAGCAAAGGAGAUUGAACAGAAAAUGGGGAGUUUAAGGCCAGAUAAUCCUGUAACUGAGAUUGAAGUACUUCCAAAAGACAUCAUGCUUGAUCAAAUAUCUGAAUGUUCAUCAUAUGGAGUAAGCAGGGGAGGAACUCUUGAGUCUGAUGAUCAUAUGCUUGAGUUGUGGGAAACAUCUGAUAAGACACCGAAGAUGGCAGCAGAACCAGCAGAAGAUCAUCAUCAAAGAAGAGCAUCCAAGGAAACAUACAACAAACAUCCUUCAGGAGAUUCCUUGGUGGAAAAGGAGUUGGGGGUGGACAAGUUAGAGAUCUCAAGAAGAAUGUCACGGCCACGUGAAGAAGGCAACAAGAGUAGAGUUUUGGAAAGACUUGAUUCUGAUUCACAGAAGUUAACGAACCUUCAAAUAACCAUACAAGAUUUGAUGAAGAAAGUUGAAACUAUUGAGAAGAGUACAAAGGGAAAAAGUGCCGAGUAUGAUACCGUUAAAGAGCAGCUUGAAGCGUCUCAGGAGACUGUAAUGAAGUUGUUCGAUGCCAACCGCAAGCUGGUGAAGAAUGUAGAAGAAGGUGCACUGUCUUCAGCUGGGAGAGCUUCAUCAGAAUCAGAUGAGAUUGGAAGUGUCAGCAGGAGGAGAUUUUCGGAACAAGCGCAGAGAGGAUCAGAAAAAAUAGGACAACUUCAGUUGGAGGUUCAAAGACUCCAGUUUCUUCUUUUGAAACUCAAUGAUGCAAAAGAAAGCAAAGAGAAAACCAAAAUGGCUGAUCAAAGUCGGAGAGUACGUUUGCGGGAUUAUCUCUAUGGUGGGACAAAAACCAACAACCAAAAGAAGAAGAAAACACCUUUUUGUGCAUGUGUAAGACCACCCACUAAGGGAGAUUGAUUUCUACCGUAGUUUCAAUUCCAUGAGACAUUAGCUUUCUUGUUUGUAUAUUUUCCUUUCUAUAGAUGCUUUAAGACGAUACAAGUCAUAUUUCGAUCCUUCUGUACAUGUUUGUGCCUCAUGUAUUAGCAAGAAGAGGCUAGGAUGGAACUUUUCCAUUUCUUUUUCUUAUCUUUUUUUCAUAUAAAAUUUUGAAUAAUCCCUUCCUCAAUUUCUGGUUUAAUUCAUGUGUGGAUAUACAGUGGGAGAUGUAAAAUGUUACUUUCCUCUGAUUGGUCACUUGUAUCAUAUCAGACUAGGAUUUUUUUUUUCUCA